CGUCCGAUAUGGCUCGUCGUAAAAUUGGACAAGAUUCUCUACGCACACGAAGCACCAAGUCUGCAUUUCAAUGCUGCAAACACGACGAUUUCAGUUUUCAAAGCCCAUAAUGUGCAAUGGGAAGACGGCAAAGUGACGACUAUCCUAAUGAACUACAUGCCUAGCAAGCGACUUAAGGAGGCAUGGGAUACUUCGCGAGUUGAAGGCGACUAUGUCGGGGCAGUCGAUCGUGAGAAGGCCGCCAUCACGAUUUACGAGGCUCUAAUACGAGACCCUUUGUGGGUUAACACGGACCAUUUGACUUGGAGAAUCAAGUCCACAACUUCAUUCUCGAGUAUCUUCGCCGACCGGCUUCAUACAUGA